AUGGAUCAUUUAUUUGUUAUCAUCUAUCUUGUAUUACAGAAUGGGGAGACGAUAUUUUGCUACGAUGAAAUGGUAUCUGUUUUGGAACCACUGUCAGAGAAAUUCCCAAUUUACAGGUUUAUCAAUACUGUUACACCUUAUGUGCCUCAAGUCGAAAAGAAGAUUGAUCCGAAGUAUGAAAGUAGAUUGAAACGGCUAAAACAGGAACAGGAGAAUCGGGAAUAUCUUUUAAUGACUCGUUCAGUUGAUCCUAAUCAAAUUUAUGAUCGUGAAAAUGUAUGGCAAGGAUUUGGCGAGGAGUUAAAAGCAGUAAACAGGCAGUUGAUGAUUAUUGUGAAUACACUUCUCACCGUAGCUGGUGGAUUUUCAUUUGGAUAUUUUGGAAUUGGAUAUGCUUAUCCGGGCUUAAAUUUAGAUAUAACAUAUCGAAUGGUUCUGGGUUUAGUAAUUGCUGCUGCUGUAUUUUUUGCAGAUCUAUACUUUAUUGUUCGAGGAAUGGAUAAUUUAGGAGAAAAGCCUAUCAAAGUUAGUGAAUUCGCAAAUACACAAAUAUUCAAUAAGAAAAAAUCAGUGUAUGAAAUCGUUUGGUACUAA